GGCACGGGCCCAGGUGCGCAUGGCUGCCCGCCUGACGUGAGGAGCCGGGCCGCCCGGCCGCCGCUGCCGCCAUGGAGCACAUCCGGAUGCCCAAGGUGGAAAAUGUACGGUUACUUGAUCGCUUGUCUUCAAGAAAAGCUGCAGUGGGAACCCUGUACUUAACAGCUACUCAUGUCAUAUUUGUGGAAAAUGGUUCUGAAACUCGUAAAGAAACCUGGGUUCUCCACAGCCAAAUAUCCUCCAUUGAGAAACAGGCCACAACUGCCACAGGUUGCCCACUGCUGAUCCGCUGCAAGAACUUCCAGGUCAUCCAACUGGUCAUCCCUCAGGAGCGAGACUGCCACGAUGUCUACAUCUCUCUAAUACGUCUGGCACGGCCAGUGAAAUAUGAAGAGCUGUAUUGCUUCUCAUUCAAUCCAAAAUUAGAUAAAGAAGAACGAGAGAAAGGCUGGAAGCUUGUGAACCUCAGUGAAGAAUAUAAUCGGAUGGGUAUUCCAAACAGCUACUGGCAGAUUAGUGAUGUAAACAGAGAAUAUGGAGUCUGUGACUCCUAUCCUACAGAAGUGUAUGUACCAAAGUCUGCUACUGCACACAUCAUAGUGGGGAGCUCUAAAUUUCGGAGCCGAAGACGUUUCCCAGCUCUUUCCUACUACUGCAAGGAUAACAAUGCCUCAAUAUGUAGGAGCAGCCAGCCUUUAUCCGGCUUUAGUGCUAGAUGCCUUGAAGAUGAACAGAUGCUUCAGGCCAUCAGAAAAGCAAACCCAGGAAGUGAUUUCAUAUAUGUUGUUGACACUCGGCCCAAACUCAAUGCAAUGGCAAACCGAGCAGCAGGGAAGGGAUAUGAAAAUGAAGACAACUACUCCAACAUCAAGUUUCAAUUCAUAGGCAUUGAGAACAUCCAUGUCAUGAGAAACAGCCUGCAGAAAAUGCUUGAAGUUUGUGAAAUGAAAUCACCUUCAAUGAGUGACUUCCUGUGGGGCCUUGAAAAUUCUGGCUGGCUGAAGCAUAUCAAAGCCAUUAUGGAUGCUGGCAUCUUUAUCGCAAAGGCUGUGGCUGAGGAAGGUGUGAGUGUGCUUGUUCACUGCUCUGAUGGCUGGGAUAGAACAGCCCAGGUUUGCUCUGUAGCAAGCCUUCUCUUGGAUCCGCAUUACAGAACUAUGAAGGGAUUCAUGGUUUUAAUUGAAAAAGACUGGGUUUCCUUUGGUCACAAAUUUAACCACAGGUAUGGCAAUUUAGAUGGAGAUCCAAAGGAGAUAUCCCCUGUUAUUGACCAGUUCAUCGAGUGUGUCUGGCAGCUAAUGGAACAGUUUCCUUGUGCCUUUGAGUUCAAUGAGAGAUUCUUGAUCCACAUACAGCACCACAUUUAUUCCUGCCAGUUUGGUAAUUUCCUGUGUAACAGCCAGAAGGAGAGACGAGAGCUGAAAAUCCAAGAACGAACAUAUUCACUGUGGGCUCAUCUGUGGAAAAAUCGUGCAGAUUACCUGAAUCCUUUGUACAGACCAGACCACAGGCAAAUCUGGGGGACCCUGCACCCACAGAUGGCUCCAUGCAACUUCUUGUACAAAUUCUGGAGUGGUAUGUACAACCGCUUUGAAAAAGGGCUGCAUCCUCGACAGUCAGUCACUGAUUAUCUGAUGGCAGUGAAGGAGGAGACUCAACAGCUGGAAGAAGAGCUGGCAGUCUUAGGAGAGAGAUUGGCAAAUCUUCAAAAAUUGCAAUUAAAUGGUAAUAAAGUCAAGAGUAAGCAGCAAGACCGAAGCAAGGAGUUAGCGCUUUCUGCUUCCAGCAACAGCUUAGCUAACACUCCCCAAGAGUACAGCAAUGAUCUGAAAUCAUUCCCAUCCCGGAGCCCUUCUCAAGGGGAUGAAGAAGAUUCAGCCUUGAUUUUGACACAGGACAACCUGAAAAGCUCUGAUCCUGACCUCUCAGCUAACAGUGACCAGGAAUCUGGGGUGGAGGACUUAAGCUGUAGGUCCCCAAGUGCAGGUGGCUGUUUGCCUAGUGAAGACAGUGGCAAGGAUUCAGAUGAAGCUGUAUGCCUGGCAGUUUGAAAUGCCUUCAGAGCAGCAAGGAUCUCGAUGCAGCUGAGUCCUUCAUGGUCUGGAGCAACAACUUUUAAUCGGAUGAAGGAUGGGAAUUGUCUGUGGCCUGAAGAAAUAAUCCAAAGAAAGGGAACUGUGCAAUUAUGUAAGUAAAGAUUUAGCAGAACAAGCCAUUAUUGGUUUCAAGACAUAAUGCUAACAAAUGGUAAUCUCUGAUGUUAUGAAUAUUUAUUUAAGCCAAUGUGGUGUUUCUUCAUCAAUGCUGCACAUAAUUAUUCCUUACUCUGUACAUUUCCAUAAUUAUUUAUUGUACAAAUUAAUAGUUAUCCUCCAAAAACACAAAAUUCCAAAGUAUGCUAUGUAUGGACAAAGCUGAAGAUUCAUUAGCACUAGGCUUACUGGCGAAUUCAUCAGAACUUAUUUUUGUAGAGUUUUUUUUUUUGCCUUUGGACAUACUGUAUAUUCUUUUUUUUUCCCCCCGAGCAGCGUUAUUAUUAUUAUUUAUUUAUUUAUUUUAACUCCAACAACUAUUUUCCAUUUUCUCCUAUUACAGUCCUUUAAGGCAAUGUAAACCUAGCAAAUGAACAUGCUUGCUGAAGGGGACAAAUGUAGUAUUGAGCCCAAAGAAAGAUUCCUUACUAAGCUGCAGCUGCAGCACGUGACUGCAUCCCAUUUGUAGUUGAAUUUCAACCAGCACUGAAAAUUCAGAAGUUUCUGUGAGCAAAACUUCAAUCAAAAUAACAAUACUUAUAACAGUCUUUGUGGCAAAGAGUUCCUUUAAAAUGAAAGAUGUUAGGCCGUAAAAUUCUAAUUAUAAUAGACAUAAUAAAAAUCCUCAGUCUAUUUUGACUCCUAUUCAUUAAUGUUAUUUCAGUGGGAGAAAGACACACACACUGCACAGGUGAAAAGGAGUCCAAACUCACUCAUAAAAGUCAUUUGUGAAAGCAUUGCUCUAAAUUCAGAAUUAAAGACAGAUUAUUGGCAUACAAUAACUCCUAUGAGGAAUAUUUCUUCUAAAGUUUAUUGUUAAAAAUACAAAACAAAGGUGUUUUUAUCUGCACAUAAAAUCCCUUUUCAGCAUUUGCCAACCACAAAAAAAGCACAGCAAUGCUAAAUUUAAGAAAAUGACUAAUUCAAAUAAUUAUUUUUUUCUUUUCUAAUAUUAAAGAUAUUAGAAUCUCAAGUUUGGUUUUAUAAUUUUCAGCAGUAGGUACAGUAGUUUUCACAGUCACAGAUAUGGAAGUAAACCACUUAGCAUGUUUUAAAACACACUGAAAGGCCUCCACAUCAAGCUGUAGUACUUCCAAGUCUUUCUUUUUGUCCCCUCCUUAAUAGGAAGGAGUUAAAAAUACAAUUCUUCUGUCUGCUCUUACUGGCUAGGAGGCAAUGAUGUGGUAUUGAGUUCCAGUAAAGCAAAGCAUGGUAGUAAUGUAAGUUUACUUUGACUGCACUUCAUACUUCUCCUCGAAGUACAGAUUUACAGGCUGAAUUAUAUAAAUAUACCUCAAUUUAGAAGCUUUAGAUUUUAUUAGUCCGUUUGCUUUUGUGGGAUGUCUUUUCAUUUUGUUCUACGAAAUUCUUACUAAAAAUGAGUAGCUAAACUUCAGUGUUAUUAAUAUCCUACAGAAGUUACUGUCUUUGAGCAAAUAAUUCAAUUUUUAACAGCAAGACUUAUCUUACUGCUGUGCUGGGAAGGCCAAUCCUCAGUCUGAUCAAUCACUGUCACUCAAUUAAAAAUCGGGUCAUGAUAAAUUACACGCUGCUGAGAAUCUACAGCCUUCUGGUUUUUAAUCUUCAUGGCUUUUUAUUAAAUGAAUGUCCUGAUUUUAAUUGUACUUUUAAAAAUGUUUCAUAUUUCGAACGUAGCCUGUCAAAUUUACGGUAUUAAAAGAAAUUUUGAAUGGGUUUUUUCAAAGUAAAGAAACAUGCUGCAAAGUCAGCAUUGGAAACAAAAUAUGUACAACUAUUCUUCCUAAAAAUGAGUUUGAGACUGGGUGAUACCACUUCACAUCUUUAAAAUGUAGAAUUGUAUAUCAUGGUAUUGUACUGUAUUAGACAUGCCUAGAAACAAAUCCAGAACAGGAAUAUAUGCAAACUCAAAGUACUAUCUUCAUGUUGCUUAUGCAAUUCCUUGUAACUAGCUUUACACCUGAAAUACUGACAUACUAACAUUUUAAAUGAAGAUUCUGCUUAGCAGUCUGCUGUGAUGCGUCUUUGAAUCCUUGGAAUUUUGCAUUACUUACUAUUGUUUUCACUGCAGUGUGAUGUACUUGUGACAUUAUUAGUGCUGAGAAUCACUUCCAAAUAAAUACUUAGGUCAUGGA